UUUUGUUUUCAAACAAUAGGUUGUUUUUCCCAUGAUUGCGCAUCCGUAAACAAUCCGUCUAGAUCAUACGCCUCACACAAGUGUUGGCGUGGUGGGUGUUGGAUCGUUUUGCAAGGCGGGUUUGUAGCAUUCCAGUACGCAAAGCACCUUACAUUGCAUCAAAAAAAAAACAAUGUCAGACGGAUCACGCAAUCCAUAUCCACAGCGACCAAAACUUCCCAACCUCAAUGUCAGCUCAACACCCUCCAGCGUGCCAACCACGCCCACCUAUACUAUCCAAACCGACAAACCCACCCCACUCGUUGAUUCCGCUAUAGAUCCGUAUACCCCACGCACGGCCCAAUCGUUCAGUUUCCCCCUCCCAGAUACACCAAGUACAAAACGCAGUUCAGUACAAUACAGCUACGGUAACUCCCGUCGUCACACUCUGUUGGCUCGUGUACGUCCCCAAGCGACUCCCACCCCGCAUUCGCAAACCAUACUCGAGUUUCCCACACAUCAUGACAGACAAACCCUACACACUCUCCUCACAAAACUACCGACCCUUCAUCGUGUAUCCGAUACAUCCUAUAAAGCAACAUACACUCCGCCGCCUUUAUGUGAAUCACCACUUUCCGCACGUACACCAGAGGAGGCAAUGGAUAUGGUCGUCGCAGGGUUUGGCGCAGAGGAGGGAUACGGAUUUGUAGUGGAUCUUGCUACCGAAGGGACGGUGCGAUGUGUGGAGGAAGGGGUUUGGGCUGUGCCCUUUGAAGACGGUGUUAAAAGUGUACUGGGAAAUGUCGUAGAGUGAAAAUAGAAGGGAUGUCAAGGAUGCGUUUGUGUUUAAUUAUUUGUAUUUUUUACAAUACAUCUUUGGUAGAGGA